CAGCUACCUCCCAGCCGAGCCAUGAAACCGCCAAUGCCAGAGCGAACGCCAUUGUUUCAGGCGGAGCCCAAUGGGUCGGUGUACAGAAUUCCCUCCCUUCUCUACAUAAAAGAGGAAACCAUGUUUCUGGCCUUUGCGGAGAAGCGUAAGGACGCUAACGAUGCCAGCGCUGAGUUCCUGGCCAUGAAGAGGGGGGUCUACAAAACGGGGUACGUCAAGUGGGAAGGAGUCCAAAUCUUGCACGAGGCGGCUAUGAAGCAGCACCGCACCAUGAACCCCUGCCCGGUUUAUGAAGGCAAAAGCAAAACGUUAUUCUUGUUCUUCAACUGUAUCCCAGAGGGGGUAACGGAGCAACAUAUGAGAAAGUGGGGAAACGCCUCCAAGCUGUGUUAUGUCACGAGCAAGGAUUAUGGGAAAACCUGGGACCCUCUGACGGAUAUCACCGACGUCACCAGCGGCAUCAGAAAUCUGGCGACUAUCUUCUUGGCGCCGGGACACGGCAUUCAGACAGAGUCGGGGAAACUCAUUAUUCCGGCCUAUGUCUACGUGGCCAAGUUCUGGUUGAUACACUGGUGGCGCACAUCCCCACAUUCAUUUUGUGUCUACAGCGAAGACCAGGGCAACAGGUGGCGGGUAUCUGAGCGCAUUGGCCAGUGUGAGACGGGCGAGUGUGAGUUGGCCGAAAUAACCAGCGAGGAUGGCAAAAAGAUGCUUUAUUGUAACGCCCGAUCCAAGGGCAAGAAACGGAUAGAAGCGCUGAUUCUUAACACCGAUGGGGAAUUUAAGUUUGUCGAAAAGAGCCGGAAACUCAUAGAGACGAACGAUGGAUGUUCAGGAAGUGUGGUGAGUUUCCCGGGGGAAGAGGUGCCGGGGCAGGAGAGGUCCCACUGGGUGCUCUUCUCACAUCCAUCCAAGAAAGAACGGAGAGGCCUCGGAAUCUACUUGAACAAAACCCCAAUGGUUUCAGGGUCGUGGUCCAAACCCUGGGUUAUUUACGAAGGCCCGAGCGCCUACUCUGAUCUCGCCGACUGCCAAGACGCCAAUACGUUCGCCAUCUUGUUCGAGAGCGGGGAAAAAACGCCCUACGAGGAGAUCAACUUCUGCUUGUUCACUUUAGAAGAUGUGCUGGAACAUAUCAAGAAAAAGAAAGGCCUGUUUGCCAGACUCAUGAAAUAAAGUAGUGCAGAGUAGUAGGGUGGGGAGUAAGGUGGGUAGUAGGGUGGGUGGUAGGGUGGGUAGUAGGGUGGGGGGUAGGGUGGGUAGUAGGAGAUCACACUCAAGGAUUUCCAAGCACUUCUUAAACCUACACAGUGCAAGUAGGGACCUGUAUUGUUCUGUGAAUGUGGCACAGAGUGGUUUUCAAUAUGGCGACAUGGAUUAAACGCAUUCUGGGAUUCAGCAACGAUGCCUCAUCCUCUAUACCCCCUACUGUAAAUGAUAAGGAUAUUAGCAGUCACUGAGGGGUUCUGUGCCCAUAUAAAGGCACAAGGCUGCAGGCUGAGUUAUACAGGGAUCUCUG